GUGACGCCGGUGCCCCGACGUCAGCUGAUCGGAGCGAGUCCACGCGUGCAAUUGCGUUGGUUUUGCGUUGCGAUUGAUUGGAGGAUGCGCGCGCCGGACUCGGUUGCGUCCCCGUCUUGAGUGCGCUCGCGUCGCUGGUCGGGCGCCGCGCGAGCCGACGCGAGAAUCCGCCGUCGAGGCCCGCGAGCGGCUAAGUGCUAAUGCUAAGCUAAGGGGCAGGGCGCGAGGAGUUCCUUCCGAGAAAGCGGCGGCUCCGGCCGAUUCGCGAAGCCCAUGUGCGGACGUGCGCCGCGCCCGACGGAGGAGUUGCGCCGCGGCCCGGUCCAGCCGCACGAUGUGGCUCAAGUUGUUCUUCUUGCUCUUGUAUUUCGUGCUUCUGUUUACGCUCGCGCGGAUAUUCGAGGCGGCGGUCUGGUAUGAGGCCGGAGUGUUCGCCACGCAGCUGGUCGACCCGCUUUCGCUGAGCGUCAAGAAGCUCAAGACCAUCUUGGAGUGUCGAGGCCUGGGCUACGCCGGCCUGGCCGAGAAGAAGGACGUCAGCCAGCUGCUCCACAAAUCAGGAGAGCUGACACACGGGGAGUUGUAUUCCGCCAUCAAGAAGGAGACCGAGCAAACCGAGGGAGGCGCUGGCAGCGGCACGCAUUUCAGUGGAGAGAUGCACUUCUAUGAAUUAGUGGAGGACACUAAAGACGGCAUCUGGUUGGUUCAGGUCAUCGCUCAGGACCGAGAGGCUCUGCUCAGUAAGUCCAACUGGGGGAAGAUGGUCCAGAAAGUGUCACAGUUCGGAAUCCGAACUGGAACGUUCAACUGCUCCCACGACCGCAGGUCGUGUGUCAGACGCGGCUGGCAACGCUCCACGCUCGUCAUGUCCGUUCCGCAGACGUCGGCAUCGAAGGGCAAAGUCGUUCUGAAAGAAUACAACGGCCGCCGCGUUGAACCCGAGCACAUCUUCCGUUGGAUGACCUCGCAUAUGUCUCACCACAUGAAGACGCUGUGCCGUUCGGAGAAGCUGCUGGAGGAGUGGCGCCCUGACCCGCUGCACCCGUUAAAGAUGUUUCUGUUCGCGCCGCUGCCGCAGCCGCCGGUUUUCUUCUCCUCGCUGUCUGUCAAGUUCACCGGCAGGAUCGAGUUUAUAUUUGUGGACGUAAGUCACUGGGACAACCGCAGCAGCCUAUUGGAGAUUGGCGUGACGCGGAGCCCCGCCUACAUCCUGCAGAUGCCGGAGGGCGUAUAUCACUAUGGCAACAGCACCGGCGAGUUCUUGUCUGUGGCGGCCAUGGACACCUUCCUGCGUUCGGUCCAGCCGGAGGUCAAUGACCUUUUCGUCCUCAGUCUUGUCCUCAUCAACCUGUUGGCUUGGCUGGAUCUCUUUAUUACUCAGGGAGCAACGGUGAAACGGUUUGUCGUUCUGAUCCGAACACUCGGGACCUAUAACUCCAUCCUGCUGGUGUCUUGGCUUCCGUUUCUGGCUCUCCUGCAGCUGUCCUACCUGGACGGUCUCUACGGUUACAGCCUGAAGGCUCUCCGCUACGCCGACACCACCGCACUGGCUAGCGUGGUGAGAGCCGACUGGACCUUCUAUUCUUCCCACCCGGCUCUCUUUCUGUCCACCUACCUGGCCCACGGCCUGCUGGUCGAUUAUUUUGAGAAAAAACGUCGCUGUGGAAAUGGGAGCCGAGAGGACAGCAGCACUAACUUGGAGUGGCUGGCCAGUUUGUGGGAGUGGUACACAUCCUAUCUGCUCCGCCCGAUUGCGUCGCUACAACGGGUGCCGUCAGACUGGGAGGAUGACCCCAACUUCCUUUUUGACCGUUUGGCUUUCCCUGACCUCUGGCUCCGUCCGUUAGUGAGCACGGAUUACAUCGAAGCUUUGCCCGCGUGGAAGUUCGGCCGCGGCGGCGCGGACGAGCCGGAAGAGGAGCUCGAUAGUUCUCGCUCUGAUACGGACGGCAGCGAGUCAAGCGACCGCCCUUCACGAAGCGGUGAGCGGCGGGAGGGCGCAUCGUACGACCGGGACGGCGACGCCCCAUCGGCCCACCGGGUGCCGGAAAGCCUCGCUCGGCGGUCGGGAUGGCCCCGUGACAUUCUGCGGUGCUCGGAGUGCGUCGUAUGCCUGGAGAACUUUGCGAGCGAAGAACCGCUGAUGGGUCUGCCCUGCGGCCACGCCUUCCACCGGCAGUGCAUCGUGGUGUGGCUGGACGCGGGGCGACAUUGCUGCCCGGUGUGUCGCUGGCCCAGCUACAAGAAGAAGCGGCAGCCGUACGUGCACGGUUGGGACACUUCGUGAAAAGGAGCCUGCCUCCCUUAUCUCCGUGUCUUUCUCAUCUCGGCGUUGCAAAAACGCAAAGUCUCACCGAGUGAAUUGAUCUGAUGUUCAGGCCGCUUUGACUUGAUUUCAAAAAGGUCAGCGUGGCAAAAAGACUGACUUUAACAAUUUAAGAUGUUUCCCCUUCUUGUAGGGACAAAAAGUCUCGUUUGAAAAAAAUCUUACCAGUGGAGCGGGACGAUGAGUUGACUUGAUAUUGAUCGGAUUUCCAAACCAAGUUGUUAUCUUAAAACAAGUCGUUUUGUCUUUCGGGGAAAAAAGUCAAAACUGUCUUAAAAGAGGUACAGUGCUAUCUAUGUUUUCUCUCGAAAUACGGUCGAUUGGGAGGAUUUUGCAUGUUUUGCAGAGUAAUCGGGAUUUUUUUUGAUUCACUGGCGCAAGAAGUGUGGAGCGUAACUUGCUUGGGGUCAAGAUGAGACCUGCCAAAGUUAGCGUUGUCUGUGCGACCGGAGCGGUGGUCGCAACUACCGAUUUGCUUGUUUCCAUUUCUGUGCUGAACAUUGUGAAUACCACCAAUAAGUACAAUAAAAACAAAACAGAUAAACAACUAACUG